GGGUCGGCCAUAGUUGUUGGGUUUGGCCCAAAACAGAAGCCUAAAUGUCGUCGUUUUCUGUCAGAGGAAGCACACCGCCGAUGCGUCGCUGGCGUGGUAAAUACACGGCCACAAUCAGCAGAUCGUUCGUACUUCGUAGCAGUUCCCAGUUCCCACCAAUCGAAAUCAUUUCAGGCCCCCACCACAAUCAUCCUUACAGUUCUACCCCCCUCAUCACCAUCACGGCAUCACCAUCCUCUCUCUCUGCCGAUCAUACCUCGCCAUUUUAAUUCUCAGUAUGAGGCUGAACAAGUGAUUUUCCCAUACUGUCCAUUAUCAGAUCAAUCUGGUCUCCGUCUCUCAGCGGUUGGCGAUGGCCGACGAGGAUGACUUAAGCGAGAAGCAGAAGAAAGAGAUCGCAAAGUGGUUCCUCCUCAAUUCGCCCGCCGGUGAAAUCAAAUACGUUGCCAAAGACCUCCGAUCUGUUUUGAACGACGACAAUGCAUACAAUAUGGCGGCUUCAGAGGCAUUUCCUUUGUACAACAAAUCUCACUUGAUGUGCCUCCAACUGCCUGACAGAAGCGGUGAUGUGCUGAUUUCAUCAUUUAGUGAGCUUGAUGAGAAUGAAUAUCUUGAUCCUAGGACUGCCCAAGUUGCUACAGUCGACCAUGUCAAGCAAGUUUGUACAGAGGUGAGACCUGCUGCUGAUGAGGAACUUUCAUCUCCAUAUAUUGAGGAAUAUCGAUGUUCUAUGGAUGCGGAAAUUAUGAAGUAUGUUGGUGAAGCAUACCCAAAAGGAGUAUCUUCCGUUUACUGUAUUAAUGGAAAAGAUGUGGAGGGACCAGGAUCUGAUUUUGAGUUUGUAGUUGUCAUUUCAGCAGCAAGGCAUAGCCCGCAGAAUUUCUGCAAUGGAAGUUGGCGCUCCAUAUGGAACAUUGAGUUUAAGGAUGAAAUUCAAAGAUUGGAAAUCAGGGGCAGACUGCAGGUAGGGGCUCAUUAUUUUGAAGAGGGAAAUGUGCAGUUGGAUGCAAAACAUGAAUGUGAGGAUUCAACAAUAUUUCAGUCCCCUGAAGAUUGUGCAUUUUCUGUUGCCAACAUCAUUCGUCAUCAUGAGACAGAAUAUCUUACAUCUCUUGAGGCAGCAUAUUCAAAUUUGCCAGAUACUACUUUCAAGGACCUGCGGAGGAAGCUGCCAGUUACGCGUACCCUAUUCCCAUGGCAUAACACACUGCAGUUCAGCUUGACAAGAGAUAUCACUAAAGAACUUGGAAUCGGGAAAUAAAUAUUAAAUUGUAACUUGCGAGGCAUGUUUAGGGAAGGUCUAGAACAAAAGUCAGUUGUGCCUUUUCCAACAUAUAUUGUUCCAUUGCUUUUUGAACAGACGAUUUCCUUCAGGGGGUACCCUGUUGGGGCCUUUUUGUUUUUUCUGUUCUUUUCAUCAAUUCAUUUGUAAUUAAGUGUUGCACUUGCCUGCUUUGGUGCUGGAAGGUAUCAGAUGUCAUGUAAAUUUUUUGUACUUACCAAAAA